AUGACAACUAGGCCAGAGGUUGCGUCACUUCCAUUUUACACAAAAAGGAAACUGAGGCAGCAGGUGGUUAUCUUUACAGCUUGUCCUCAGCGAUCUGGUCACUUGCAGGAUCCCAAAGAAAGCCUAGAUGUGGAGUGUCUGAAGAAACCCUCCAUUCCAGACUUCACGUCAAACUCCAGGGCUGAGGGGGAAACUAAGCCCCUUCAUCAAAGAAGAGGAAAAAAGGGGAGCCCUCUCUGCCCCAGGGGAGAAGUGCGGGCCUGCCCCCGCGGGGCGCGGCCUCGCUUCCUCGCACUCCCGGUCCCGCCCGCCCCAGAGGGCGCGCUCCCACUCUGGGCGGGCACCUGUCCCUUCACCACGUUCGGCGGCUCCCCGAUCGCCCAAGAAUCAAACGCCCGCAGCCACCACCGACACCGGGAAUGCGAGCAGCAGGGCGAGACCCGCAGGCCCAGAGAGCUGCAGGAAUCCUCAGAAACUUACAGUUUUCCUACAGCGUGCGCGUCACGGCGAGGUGACGUCACGGGACCCGGCGUUCAGGGAGGUCAGGCCGCUGGGCGCCGGGCCGCACCACCCCCACGGCUCCGCCCCGUGCGCGACGACGGGAGAGACGCCCCUUUCCUCAGCGGCCCCGCCCCCCACCUUGUGGCGCUAGGCGCAGGCGCACCCGGGCUGCGUGGCCGCCUUCUAGGGCGGGGACUGCUUGAGAGACUUUCGCCGAAAGCCUGUGGCGGGGGCGCCAAUGUAAGGGGGCGUAGGCAUGCACCCCUUCCCCACCAUCUCCCCCACCCUCGGGAGCGCAGCAAACAAGCUGUCGCCCAGGGAGCUGGAGUCGGACGCCAGGGUUGUGAGGUAGAUUUUCCGCAGACAUUGCCUCCUUUCCCUCACGUGUUCAUUAAAAGUUCUCCACGUGUGGAAACAACCAUUUGCUCCCCACCAGGUGCCUGCAAGCCCUCGGGCGGGAGGAGUCAGCUCUACCACGGUUCCUCGCUACCAUCCGGCCCCGUCCCUGGCUCCGCCCCCGGUUCCGCCCCAACCGGACCUGUCUCGGCUCCGCCCCGCCCACGCCGGCUAGACCCCUCCCCUCGAGUCCGCCCUUCCGGCUCCCGCUCGGAGCUCCAGCAGGCGCCCCCUGCCCCGCCCUGUCCCGGCGCCCGCUAGGAAAUUUUAGUGUAUCCUUCCUACUGGAUUUUCCGUUUGGGCUUAGUGAAGCUGCUUGGAGGCUACCGUUCACCUCUAUUAAAUUUAACAAACGGUGGUCUGUGUAAAUAAAUACGUACACUUUUUGGCCAGUGUGAACUUUCCACCACCUCCCACUCACGUGAUGAUGCCUUCCUGUGCCCUGGGUCUCUGCUCUUCUUUAUGCUCUUACCGAAGACGAAUUCUGGUGUUAAAAGAUAGCUCAGCAGAAGGGAAAAUGAAGGCUCGAAGAACUAACGCCGAUAUAACGAUAGGGAUUUAUUCAACUUUGCGUCCUUAGCACCUAAUGUAGCUCCUGGCACAUAAAAAACAUUUGACAGACUUCUCGCAAUCAGUUGAAGAAGGAAUGUCAUCUCCCUGACAGUAUGACAGGUGGUUGCAGUGCCAUUUAUGUGACAGCUAUCUUUCCCCAACUGAAUUACCAUAGUACCUUUGGCAUCAUGUCUGACAUUAUCUUUUUUUCCCCCCACAAAAUUCAAUCUGAACUCUUCCUAACUAACCUUUCCUCACUCAAGGCCAUCCUUCUCACUAUGGUAAGGUUUAGGCUAAAAAAAUAAACCACCACCACCACCAAGAACAGCAAAAAACCAUAAAGUCUCUCUCUGUAGUGGAUUCUAUGACACAUUGCUCAGAUCCCUCCUCUGAAUGGAGACAUUUGUUCCAGAUUCUGGACAUGUUGGUUGGUGAUGGCUCACAGCUGUGUCCCUCUCCAGGAAUGGCUCUCAUCUGCAGGAAUCAGCCUUGCCCAAGGCUAUCCCUCGUUCCUGGGGUCAGUUUGUGCUCAGUGAUUCUCAGUGGAGGCCUUGGCUUCAAGGUAGGACAACUCUGAAUAGCCACUGUGGCUCCAUGGGAUCAGUUGCAGCCUCUGAUGCAUCUGCAUCGAGGCCCAACUUCCCCCUUUCCCGGGCCUCUUCCCUUUUACUCUCUUACAGGUACUGUUCCCAAAAUUAUUCCCUGUAUAAAUUGCUGCAUGCGAAUCUCAGGCCUUGUGUGACAAUUUCUCAGAGAGCCUGAACUCUUAGCAUCUUAAAGCUGAUUAUGUCAUUUCUCUGCUUAAAGUCCUUAGCCUCCAGGACAUACAAAGGCUUUCAUAGGUUGGCUCCAAUUUAUCUUUCUCUCCUCAACUUCCUCUGCCACCAUUGACUCUGUCCUUCAGACAGUUUUAUAUAUUUAUAUCCCCCAAUUCCCCAUUGCUCACUUCUUUGCAUGUGGACUUCUCUCUGCCAACGAUAAAUUUCCCACCUUCUGCUUAUCCUUCUGUUCUGCCUUGGAUCAGAUGUCACCUCCUCUGGGAAGCCUUCGUAUUUUUUCCUCACAACACCAUAAAACUCUUUAUGUAAGAAUUUGCUAUCUAAUAUUGAAACAUACUUGUUUGCCUAUCUGACUCUCAUCCUAAAUUGUGAACUUCUCUAGGCAGGGACUGAAUUCAGGGUCUCAUGCCAUCGUGGAUAGAUUUUCAAUACAUUUUUUUAAGUGAGGCACUGUAAAAAGGUAUUAAAUAUUUGGAAAUUUUUGCCAUAUUUGGUUCAUGUGUCUUAUAUCUAGACGGUCAUGUUUCAUCUUUAAUAGAGGCUAUAUAUUUUUUCAAUCUUUUUAAGAUUCUGGACUACCAUACUGGCUGGAAACAAAUCCAGGCAAACACUUCAAGAUGAAAUGAAAUUCAAACCACAGAUCUUUAAAGUUAGUUCUGUUUAUUAAAAAAAAAAGGGGGGGGACUGGGAAAGGCUUGAGGUAGAAACACCAAUGCUUUCAGUGGGUGGGAGGAGGGAAGAGAAAGAAAGAGAGAAGGGUGGAGAAAGAGCUGAUUAAAUUGGAUUGGCUGGUUAGAGACUGGAAAUUUUCCUUCCUUUCCCAAGAGGCUUAUUUUUUAUCUUUCUUUUUCACACGGUGAAGUGUCAAAUUAAAUUGCAAAGUUAAUUCUCAUCACUAAGGAAGGGAUUCUAAAUGUAUUAAUUAAGGAUUACUGGCAUUUUAAUUUUAUUCACGAGAAUGAAAACUUUUUAAUAAUUAAACAACUGUUUGUUCUGAUUUAUGUAUUUAUAUUAUUAUAGCAUAUUACAAUGUAACAUCAAUGCAUUAAACUCUAGUUUCCAGAGACUUGGAUGACUAUUUUAAAAUAAGAGCUGUGCUUAUUGAUAUAUUUGAUUUUAUGAAUUAUGAUACUAGAGUUCCC